UCCCCCCCCCCCCCACCCGCCUGCUCUUCCCGGGAGGAGGCCUCCGGAGCCGCGCCGGGCCGAUAGCAGAGGAGCACGUGGGCCAGCCGCCCCGCUCUCCCUCUCCCUCCCUCCCUCUCUCUCUCUCUCCUUGCUGGCUGCCUCAAGUUGGACGGCGCUGAUGCUCCAAGGAGAGCCGGGGCCAGGCUUCGACGGGGCAUCGCGCGGCGCCACCGACCCACCGCCCAGAUGGAGGGCAUCGUCGGCGUCUGCCUCUGCCUGGCGGCGGCGAGGACAGUUGUAGGCUUUGGAAUGGACCCUGGUUUACAUAUUGAUAUUAUCACAGAACUGGAUCUUGUCAACAUGACAAUUGGAGUUACACAGGUGUCUGGACUGCAUAAUGCAAGCAAAGCAUUUUUAUUUCAAGCUAUAGACAGAGAAAUCCAUGCCACGCCCCACACAAGCGAGAAGCUAAUCCAACUAUUUAGGAAUAAAAGUGAGUUCACAUUUCUGGCUACACUACAACAGCAGGCAUCAACUUCUGGUGUAAUUCUCUCCAUCCGAGAAUUGGAGCACAGUUACUUUGAACUGGAAAGCAGCGGCUUGAGAGAUGAAAUCAGAUACCACUACAGAUUUAAUGGAAAAUCAAGAACAGAAGUAUUCCCAUAUCGGCUAGCAGAUGGACAGUGGCACAAGAUUGCAUUGUCCCUCAGUGCAUCCCAUCUCCUGCUUCAUGUGGACUGCAAUAGGAUUUAUGAACGUGUUAUAGACCCUCCAGAAACUAAUUUGACACCAGGAAGCAAUUUAUGGCUAGGACAACGUAACAGGAAACAUGGAUUCUUUAAGGGUAUCCUUCAAGAUGUGAAAGUCAUAUUUAUGCCCAAUGGAUAUAUUACUCAAUGUCCCAAUCUAAAUCGCACCUGCCCGACUUGCAGUGACUUCUUAAGUCUGGUACAAGGAAUUAUGGAUUUGCAAGAACUUCUGGCUAAAAUGACAGCAAAACUAAAUUAUGCAGAAAUGAGGCUUAGUCAGUUGGAAAACUGUCACUGUGAGAAGACUUGUCAAGUAAAUGGAAUGAUCUAUCGAGACAAAGACUCAUGGGCAGAAGAUGAUUACUGCAGGAAUUGCACAUGCAAAAAUGGAGUAGUGGAAUGCCGGCGGAUGGCCUGCCCGCCAUUGAACUGUUCUCCUGAUGGCCUCCCGGUCCAUAUAGCAGGCCAAUGCUGUAAAGUAUGCAAAUCCAAAUGCAUCUAUGGAGGAAAGGUUUUGGCAGAAGGCCAGAAGAUUGUAACAAAAAAUUGCAGAGAAUGUCGGAAUGGAAUAUUAGUAAAAGUAACAGAGACUUGUCCUCCAUUGAACUGCUCGGAAAAAGAUUACAUCCUUCCAGAGAAUCAGUGCUGCAGUGUAUGUAGAGGUCACAAUUUUUGUGCACAAGGGCAUGCAUGUGGUGAAAAUGCAGAAUGCAGAAACUGGAAUACCCGAGCAACUUGCGAAUGCAAAAGCGGUUAUGUCUCUGUCCAAGGGGAUUCUGCCUAUUGUGAAGAUAUUGAUGAGUGUGCUGCAAAGAUGCAUUAUUGUCAUGCCAACACAGUGUGUGUUAACCUGCCUGGGUCAUAUCGCUGUGACUGUGUCCCAGGAUAUAUCCGUGUUGAUGAUUUCUCAUGUACAGAGCGUGAUGAAUGUGACAGCGGACAGCACAACUGUGAUGAGAACGCAAUCUGUACUAACAACGUCAGGGGACAUAGCUGCACCUGCAAACCUGGAUAUGUAGGGAAUGGGACCAUCUGCCGAGCAUUUUGUGAAGAAGGAUGUCGUUAUGGUGGGUCAUGCAUAGCCCCUAACAAGUGUGCCUGUCCUUCUGGAUUCACAGGAAGUCAUUGUGAGAAAGAUAUUGAUGAGUGUGCUGAGGGGAUCAUUGAAUGUCACAACCAUUCACGCUGUGUUAACCUCCCAGGGUGGUACCACUGUGAGUGCAGAAGCGGUUUCCAUGACAAUGGAACCUAUUCACUUUCCGGGGAGUCCUGUGUUGAUAUUGAUGAAUGUGCCUUAAGGACUCAUACCUGUUGGAAUGACUCAGCCUGUGUGAACCUGGAAGGGGGAUUCGAUUGCCUCUGUCCUUCUGGACCAUCUUGUACUGGUGACUGUGUACAUGAAGGAAGCUUAAAACGGAAUGGCCAGGUGUGGACACUGAAGAAAGACAGGUGCUCUGUUUGUUCCUGUAAGGAUGGCAAGAUAUUCUGUCGACGAACUGCUUGUGACUGCCAGAAUCCUACUGUUGAUUUCUUUUGCUGCCCAGAAUGUGAUACCCGGGUAACCAGCCAAUGUUUAGACCAGAAUGGGCACAAGCUGUACCGAAGUGGUGACAAUUGGACGUACAGCUGCCAACAGUGUCGUUGCCUGGAAGGUGAAGUGGAUUGUUGGCCAUUCGCAUGCCCAACUCUGAGUUGUGACUACACAGCAAUAUCAGAAGGAGAGUGCUGUCCUCGUUGCGUCAGCGACCCUUGUUUGGCUGACAAUGUCACUUACGAUAUCAGAAAAACAUGUCUAGAUAGCUAUGGAAUCACACAACUGAGUGGCUCUGUAUGGACAAUGCUUGGAUCUCCUUGUACAACCUGCCAAUGCAAGAAUGGAAAUGUCUGCUGCUCAGUGGAUUUAGAUUGUCUUCACAAUAACUGAAGUAUAAAAGCCUAGAACUAUUCUCUCAUUGAGGAAAACUGAUGCAAUUUCCCACUUUCAACAUGGAUGCAGCUGUAAGAGAGAGGGGAGUUUUAUACAACAGACAAUUACCAAAGUCUCUACCUGAAGAAGAUAUUUGGGAGUUGCCUUUGGGACCUGCCACUAUGCGUUCAUCUUUGCUAGGCUUCUCUUGGGUGACUUUUACAGUACAAUGCAUAUAAAUCAAUGGUUGUUAAAAGUUUUAGAGUGUUGUAAACUACACCCUUUUCCUGUCUGCUCAUUUGCAAAUGCGUUGAAAUUAUUCCAUUGGUAAAAUAGGAUGCAUUUAUUUGUUUAAUUUGUGUACAAACAUCAUACUGGAAAUUCCUAUUUAAUUUUUUUGAUUACCUCAAAGUUUGACAAAAUAAGUCUGCCUGUUGUACUUUUGUCCCAUACAAUUGCUAAUUUCGUUCUGAGGUCCCUGUCGAAUGUAUUUAUGAAAAUAUGUAUGUAUGUACAGUCAAAUUGCAUAGUACUUAUAUUACAUAGCUGUCAAACAUUGUAAAACAUUCCAAGGUACAUUUGACUUGUAUAGGCUGGAAGUAAUCAAAGCUCAGCCAACCUUUAUGGAAAAUGGAAAAUAAAUAAAUAAAAUGAACAGUGUCAUAAAUUUAAUGAAGUGGCAAAAAUGCACUUUCUUUUUCAAACAAAUGAACAAACAGCAACAAUUCCCUUGUGGAGGUAGAGAGAAAGGAUGGAACCUUUUCCAUCAGUACCGCUUCAGAAAGUACCCAGGAAACCAUGCCUCUUAUCAACAUUAGGCUUAGCAGAGUGUUGGAGUUUACAAGUCAAACCACAAGCACCAAAUGUGGGUGUAAUGCAGUCAGGGCUGUGUAGCAUUCAAUAAAGCAAUCAAAGGGCUUUGCACCUGUAUACUGUAAGGAAUUGGAUAAGAUUUGGAUAUCAGUUACACUGGUAUACAUGAGCUUAUAAACUCUCCCGUGUCAUUGCUUCAGCAUAACAAAAUUGCCAUCCUCCACUGCAUAUGCCAUAAAUGGCAAAGUCACUCUCUAUUUGUACCAUGUUAGAGCUUACAAGGAAUGAUGUAAAUGUCACUUCAUUUAACUAUAAUUUCCAUAUACAUCACUUCUGGCCUUGGAAGAAAGAUGGUACAAUCUAUGUUCCAAUUUUCAUUACAUGUAAUGAACUCACCAAACAUCCGUGUCCUCGUUUUUCUCUUCUGACAUUCAAAAAGACCUAAUUUAUGAAGUUACCCAUCUGUAAAAUACUGUUUAAAUACCCAAAGUUGGGAAGAAAUUGUAUUUAAAAUUUUGAAACAUGCACAAAGGUUAAGUUUAAAUGCUAGGUACUUGCUUUGAUUUUGCGAGGCUAAGACAUGGUUGGAAUAAAACAAAAUCAGUCUCUGCUUAAGAGUCAGUAUGUAUAUUCAUUCUUGUCUAACUGGUUUCUGUGUAGAUCAGCUGAUUCACACGUCGUGGUCUGGACAUUAAAUUGCUGUAUGGGAACUGGGAAGGUGAAAUAUCCACAUCCAGAUUAAGCAGUUGUAUCACAGCCAAAAGUUUGACAAAUUAGGUUUAUUGACCUUUCAAAAAAAGUAUUGCUUUUUGCUAUGAUGGCUAACCUUAGAGAAACAGAUUUACAAACACUACUGCACCCAUGGAUCUUUCAAUAGGGCCACUGUGUUUUUAAUAUGCUUGUUGUAUUCAUUCUGGUUUCCUAUACUGUCUACUCUUACCUUUUACCAUUUUCAUUUAACUGAACGUAAUGAGUGUUCAGAACCAGAUUGUGCAGACCAGUUUAGCAAGUACAUAUUGCAUUUAUGAAAUUGUCAUUGUUUUAGCAAAGAAAUGUAAAACUUGACUUCUGAGGACUGCAGUUGGGUGUCCUCAAUGGAAGACUAGCAGACAUUGUUCUGCAUAGAUCAUUGUACCACGGGGACAUUGCACAACAAUAUGGAAGGUCUGGAGUCAUUUUUUUUAGUUUAGCCUUAGCACUGAUGUCAUCCUUUCCUGAGAAUAAUUUACAUAUAUAACUAGAAUCCUACCGUAGUACUUUCUGCUACACAUGCAAAGGUUUUAGUGUGUAGAUGGAAUAUCAUACAAGGAAGGACUGUUUUGUAUGCAAAUAAUUAUUGAACACUGAAAAAAAGGUCACUCUCUUUGUGUUUGACUCCAUGCUAGCAAUGUUUUCUCUCUCUUUUCAGUUUAAUCAUUUUCUAUGUGUUAAUUAUAUUUACAUUUGUUUUAACAAAAGUGUUAUGUUGUGUUUUAAAGGAUCUUCAAAGGACAUUUGUAAACCAUAUAAUUAAUCCAUCUGGUAAAUCAUAUUGAAAACCCAAUGGUAAUUCAACUGGAGGAAAUGAUACAGUGGUGUGGGAUGUAAAGGGGAGUGAUUUAAAAUGUGUGUCAUCUAAAUAAACUCCUGUGUACAGUU